GUCUCUCCUCUUUCUCCACUCUCGUUUACAGUGCUUCAGGACAUUCCGCCCUCCAUACUAACGCAGGUGACUUUUUCUUUUCUUUUUUCCCUUUCCCUACUGUUGCAACCCUAUCUCCAAACCUCUCUUUUUUUACUUAGCAUACUAGCCUCAAUCUUAAAGCACCGUUCUCUCACUCUCACUUCCUCUCACUCCAUUUCCCAUCUCUUACGCCCCCCUCUGGCUCCACAACUACCACCCUAGUCACUCAUUGCCAGGCCCGUCCUUCAAAACCCUACCACCUCCCAAUCCAUUUAUCAGCAGGCCUGUCAGACAUCGAUCCCGCUCAAACUCACAGCAACACGCAAGCAACCUCCACUCCCACGCUCCCUCUCUCACCUAACCUAAACUCGCAUUUCCCGACCGGACCGUCACGAAGGGGAUAGGAUCCAGGGAUAAAAAUAAAACUCUCUAUCACAACGGGAGAAGGAAGGUAGCUUCUCAAGCGCCUUUAAACGACGAAAGAAACGGUUGAUUAGAAAUAAGUCGGGUUAGAAUAAAUCCGGCUGGGGCUACGACGACUUCGCUUUGAAGCCGUCAAAAUUCCCUACGACAGCAGCAGAAAUUCCCUCCUCGGAGGUGGACUAAUACCCCAGAUGCGAUCAAGGAUGUUUUACCGACCGACCUCAACGUGGAGCUGGAGUUUCCUCCUUCUCGCAAUCGUUCAAUCAUGUGUUGUGUUGGGUCUUGAAGGUUUUGUAUUCGCUGCAUUCCAGAACAACCUGCAUCAGGACUUUAUCAACAAAUCAAAGAACGAGUUUACGAAAGCACAAACACGAACUAUCCCGACAUAUCUGACCCUCUUCAUCUUUGGGCACAUUUUCCUUGUCGUUCUUUGCUACGAUGCACUUAGAUUGAAGAACACCAUUCAGAUCAUUGGAAUUUGCAUCUUCAAUGCUGCGUUGCUUCUCUACGCUGCUAUCCAGAUGGAUCAGAUUCACGAUGCCAAUACUUUCUUGACCGUUCUUGGCGUUGGACCCGACCCGAACGCUGUGGGUAUUAAGGAGAAUAUCUGGCCAGUGAUUCAACCGUCUUUGAUUGCGAUUCCAUGCGUGAUCGCCUUGUCAACCGUGUUGAUGUGCGUCAUUUGUUGGAAGUUGUAUGACGAGUUCGCUUGGACCAUCUACAAGCAUAUCAGUGCAGAUUUAAAAAUGAAGGAGAGAUAUCUCAAGUUCCAGAUCUUCAUUGCUCUUCUCAAGUUUGAUUUCUUCUUCUUCGUUGGAUUCACUGUCCAGUUCAUCGUCAUUGUCGCCUCUACAUCGAACUAUCUCAAAGGGGGGGGCUCUAAACUUGGAAAUACUGACAAAGACUAUGAAUUCUUCCUCACCAUUGCUGUCCUACCCCUGACCAUCGCUUUCUUGGUUCUCGCCGCUUGGUGCACAAGGAGAGAGAAGAAGAUCCCUAUGGUGUUCAUCAUUAUUAUCUUCUUUGCCGCAUUGGCUUACUUCAUCUUCAAAUUGGUCAGGAUGUACCAUGGCAGUUUUGUCGAAAGCUACAAGCCGGCAAAAAGGAGUUUGACCACUUUUGCUGCGAUCACACUCAUUCUUAUCAUUUUGACCAUUGCAAACGCUAUCGCUUGCGUUAUGAACUUCGACAAGGGCCUGAAACCCCACAUCACCCGAAGGAAGAUGACCGACGAGGAGGAGAAGCACAGCAUGACCGAAAUGACGAAUCAAGCUGCUCAGCCGAUACCAUCCCGAAUGACAAUUGACUAAAAACCUGACUUCAACCCCGAUAACAGCCUUAUGCUUUGCACCUGUCUUUGUCAACCUCUUGGGAUAGGAAGGCGGUUUUAUCUUCCGCGCCAGUCCGUUAUUUUGUUUCUACCGAGUGAUCUAGCAAAUCGUGGAUCCUGGAUCUCUUAUCUUAAUUAAUUUAUGGGCUUGCGCAUCGUUUUGAUGCCUUUUGUAGAGAAAAAAAAUUGGUGUAUCUGAGCAGCGUUUUUCUUCUAAAUUUUCUCAUUGCUAUUCUACGGGGGUCACUUUUUUGCAUGAAUAAUUUUUCACAUGGUGUUUUUCUUUUUUUUUUCUUUUUACUCAUGUGCUACUCUUCUGGGAUACCCUCAAAUUUGCGAAAUGGAGUUACUUUCAGGGAUGCAACGAGACUUUGGAAGGACAAGGGGGGAUGGUUACGAGGAGAGCGCAUACGGUAUCAUAGGAGGGGGAAACCAAGGAAGGGGGAGGGAUGGCAUGCAUGCAGGCAGUUGCGAUUGCGCGGGGUGUGGUGUGGUGUGAUGGGGUUGGAAAGGAAAAAUCCUCCAAAAUUUCGGUGGGGCUUAGUCUAAACCACGCGUCCAUUAAGCCAUCGAUUUAACUUGCGGGAAAAGCGAUUUGAAAGGAAGGACAGAAGUGAACAAUGGUCCCCUUGCGGAGUAAAUACCUACUGGUGGUUUGGAGGUCUUGGGGGGGUUUUGAUUCUUGAGAAAUUUAUUCCUUUUUACUUUCUUUAUCUUAUUUUAUUGCCCUUUC